UUCGAGUCUGGAAGGUACAGUACCUAUGCCAAUUCAUGUGGUCCCCCCUCCCCUUUCAUAUUUAUAUUCGAAACCGUUCUCAGAAUCUCGAGUUCUCAACUUCAACAGCCGUCGUAGCAAAGCAAAGUAAGCGAUGCACCAUUUGGACUGUCUCGACUGUGUGGAUUGUUGCAAGCCCAGAUCUCUCUUCGGCUGGGCCGCACUGGCAGAUGAUUGACCCAGAAGUCCGCUCUCAAUAGUGCAUGAGACUACACCUAUCUGACUCUUGCAAGGCGCCAAGUAUCCCCAUACAAUAGAACUAAUUGGCUCAAGAUGUUCCUCGGCUAUGCUACAAUUGCUUGUGUACUAGCCUAGCAAGUUUUUAGGACGAAGACCCCUUUUUGUCUACUUUGCGGCUCUGCGGUGUUCUCAGACGGCGUCAUCGAUGAAUCUUUUGCUUCCCUUUGAUUUCUGCACAGCAGCCAAGGACUUGCCCAUAAUGCGAUUGCGAUAAUGUUUGUUUCCCAAACCCUGCUUCUACUGACUUUUAUUUUCUCGGUGAUUGCUCAAUAUGUUUCCCCAUGGAGCAGCGCCACCCUAUCAACAAGCGCCACCUCAACCCGGAGCACGACACUUUCGAAAGGCACCUUAAAUGCGACACCCUCUAUCGUCUCAGGGAACGCCACUAGUCUCCCAAAUGUCUGCGCUGGGGGACUACCUGCCUCCAGAAUCAUCACAACUAGAAACCAGUACCAAUUUGCUGUUUGCUUGGGCACCGACAUGCCAGGAGGUGACGACACAAUUGAAGGUAACAUGAAAAGCAUGGAGCAGCUUGCCGAAGAUUGCUCGCGUCGACCAUCAUGUAUUGGGUCGUCAUGGGAAAAAGUGUUCAACUUCGCCUAUCGAAAGGUUGUUUUGACUGUCACGAAACCCUCGAAGAAGGUCGAUUCGGUUAUCAGGAUUAGCUCUGGCCCGCCACCAGAUCCUGCAGAGAGAAGAGUCACUGGGCAAUGGAGUGACGUUAUCAAGUUUCCUGUCAUCCCAGUUGCUGUUUUCCUAGUGUCUGAAAAACCUAGAAUCACUCGUUUGUUAGCAUUCUCUGCUUUUGAGCCGCUGUGGUUUGGAGGUGCCAAGGGACGCACGCAGUUUGCAGAGUAUGACAUUGAGACCGGGGCAGUUUCUCAUCGAAAUAUUACUAACACCAACCAUGAGAUGUUCUGUCCUGGGAUCAGUACGCUACAGGACGGUAGAGUGGUAAUAUCUGGUGGGACAGAUGCGAAUCGCACUACCAUAUAUGAUCCCAAAACUAACAACUUUACCGCGGGGCCUAACUUGCAAGUCGCUAGAGGAUAUCAGUCAUCGGCAACUUUAUCAGAUGGGAGAAUUUUUACGCUUGGUGGUUCGUGGGAUGGGCCUGUCGGUAUCAGAGAUGGGGAAGUUUACGACUCGGUUGCAAAUACGUGGACACUAUUACCUGAUGCUUUUGUGCAACCUUCAUUGACACAAGACGAGGUAGAAGACAAGAGAGAUAACCACCAAUGGUUCUUCAGCUGGCGUAACGAAUCGGUUUUCCAAGCCGGGCCGAGCAAACAGAUGAACUGGUAUUGGGGGUCUGGAUCGGGACGAGUGCAGCCUGUUGGGACUCGCGAUACCGAGGAUGCUAUGUGCGGGAUAUUCGCUAUGUACGACGCGUUAAGGGGGAAAAUACUUACUGCCGCCGGUACUCCAAGUUAUGAUCGCAGUACUCCUAACAAGAAAGCCUUCCUUAUGACUAUCGACGAACCCGGUACGCCACCUACAGUUGAACGACUGCCCGACCUUGCUCAAGGGCGAGCAUUUUCCAACGCUGUUAUCCUACCCGAUGGGACCGUUCUCGUUACAGGUGGCCAAACAUACUCCAAGUCGUUCACGGAUGAGCGCUCCGUCUUCGUUCCCGAACUUUUCGACCCGGUGACCAAGACAUUUCGAGAGCUAGCCGCGAUGAAGAUCCCUCGGAAUUAUCACUCAACCGCCAUCCUCCUACCUGAUGGCCGUGUUUUUAGUGCUGGUGGUGGCUUGUGCCGGCCUGACGGCAAGUGUGCAAAACAAGGAUCUGACCAUCCAGAUGCCGAAAUUUUCUCACCACCCUAUCUGUUCAAUGAGGACGGAAGUGAAGCCAAAAGACCAGAGAUCGCAACUCUGUCCACUAACGUUGAUUUCAACGGGUACUUUGUUCGUCCUGGAGGAAGCUUGAUGCUCACUCUUACGGAUGAUCAGCCAGGCGUCGAAUUCUCCUUUGUGAGAGUUGGCACGAAUACCCAUUCGGUUAAUACAGAUCAGAGACGAGUUCCGUUAGAUGAUAUUCGAAAAGUCGGGAGUGUGUAUACUCUAGCUUUGCCUGCGGAUACCGGGAUUCUCAUUCCUGGUGAUUGGUUUCUGUUUGUUAUUUCGGCCGAAGGCACUCCCAGCAUAUCUCGGACCGUAACUGUUAUGUUGUGUGGGAUGCUUCAGAGGUGCAAUAAUGAGGAUGAAUUUAGGGGUUGAUAGACUUACCAGAGAGACAAAAUAGAGAAUGCUUAGCCAUCAGAGCCAGACUUCGCCUAAGAGCAUUGCAUAAAAUAUUAUUUUAGCGUCUCCAGUAAUGCAAUUACCAACAUUUGUUAUAUCUCG